AUGUUUUUUAUCAAACAAUUAAAUUUAACAGGGUUUUUCCUCUUCAUAAUUCUUUGUUCUUCGAUCUGUAAUGUUGCUGGUGACACCGUGGUGGAUGGUCCCCCAAUAAGCGGGUGGCUUGCUAAAGAAACGGAAAUUGAUCGUAGUGAAAUUCCAAAAAAUAUAUUGGUUGUAAAUAGUUUAGAAGGAUAUAGUCAUAUUCGAUAUACUUUGACGAUUGGAAACGUCUUGGCUGAUCGUGGCUAUAAUGUCACUUUUGCUACAACGGGAACAUUUCCGCAAUCACCACAAUAUCCAAAAAUUCACUUUGUUUCACUCGGAGAUUCAAAAGAUAUAAGAUAUUCAAAAGAUAUAGUUUACGGAUCUUAUGAUUUAUCGGCAGUUGCCAACUUAUUAGAAAGGCAAACUAAAAACUUUAAGGAAACUUUUUUAAAUAUGAAAAAAAUUGCUGAAGAAUUAGUUAAACCUGAUUUAUUCCUUUGUUCUGCAGUAUAUAAUGAAGCAUGUUUUGAUGUCGCCAAGGCAAUGAAUAAGCCAUCAAUUGGAGUGGCGAUUGCAUUUGUAGGAGGAAGACUGCAUACUCCUUACAAAUCGGAGCCUAUGUUUAUGGAAGGAUGUAAGGUUAACAUGGAACAUGAAUCAUUUUGGCAAAGGUUCCGUUGCGAAAUGUUUCUACCUUUCAAGUUUAUGAUGACAUUUGGACCCGUUGUUAAAAAAUUUGAUGAAGUCAGAGUAAGCCUUGGCUUACCAAGUCAACAAUCUCCAUUAGAUUAUUGGAAAAAUUCUUUGUUCUUGGUUGACAAUUUUUUUGAUUAUUUUCCUCCGUUGACACCGGAUCUCGAAAAUUUUAUUACGGCGCAUAAACGUACGAUGUUUGUAGCAUUAGGAACGCAUCUAUAUCUAACACCCGAAAACAACGCGAAAUUAUUACAAUCCAUUGUUGAAACCGUUGAAAACAAUAUUGUUGAUGGAGUUAUUUGGUCCCUGGUACAAACGAAAAAGGAAGAUUUCCCACCUUCUAUCACCUUAUCAGAUGGUAGAAACAUUUCCACCCUGGAUGUAUUAAAUAAUAAAAAUCCAAACAUUCAUAUUAUUCCUUAUGCACCUCAAUUUGCCAUAUUAAAUCAUACAAAUGUAAAAGUAUUCUUAAGUCACGUAGGAGCUGGAAGUGUAUAUGAAUCAUUAUAUACUGGAACGCCAAUACUUGCAUUUCCAAUUUCUUUGGAACAACCUAGUAAUGCCGAUAGAUUGGUGUUAGCCGGUGUUGCCUUACGAUUGAAUAAAUUUAACUUCAAAGUACAUGAAGUUUUAGAUUUUGCUGAACGUUUACAAAAAGAUGAAAAUAUACAAAUAAACGUGAAAAGGUUUAAAACUUUGGCCAUGAUUAAUAGUAAAAGGAAAUAUAGAGCUGUUGAUUUGAUUGAGUUCGUCUUGCAAGCCUCAAAGUGGAGACCAACGGAAGAGUUGGACGAUCAAUGGUUGUAUAAAGAGUGGAUUUCUCCAAAAGUCAGAAUGGGAUUCAUUAAAGGAAAUUAUUUGGAUGUUUAUGCUGCUGCGAUAGGAAUUGUAAUUGGUGUUUUCGCUGUAAUUAUUUGGGGCGUUAUUAAAAUUGGAAAGCUAAUGUUUAGAAAAUUAUUUAAAAGCAGUGAAGAUAAAACAAAGAAAGAAUGA